UAGUUGAAUGUUUACAACCACUGACAGCUAACAGGACUUGACUUCGAACCGAACCUGAGUCUGUUGUUACCAAGACGACGGUGACGACAGCCUGCAGUUCAGGUGUAAUGCGUGCUCCUCUCCGGUGGGUGCUAUGGGAUGUGAAAGACACGCUGCUGAAAGUGCGUGCUUCUGUGGGAGAACAGUACUGCAAGGAGGCUGAACGACUGGGUUUGAGCCUUAGUCACAAGGAGGUCGACGCUGCUUUCCGCCAGGCGUAUCGACAUUAUUCCAGCAGAUACCCAAACUAUGGCAUCACUCAGGGCCUGGAUGGGCAGUCUUGGUGGAUGGGGGUGGUGCGGGGCACCUUCUCCCGGUGCAGGGUACAGGACCCAGCCCUGCUAAAUACAUUGGCUCACAACCUUUAUCAUAACUUCUCCAAUGCAGAGAACUGGGAGGUAUUUCCAGACUCAAAGAAGGCUCUGGAGAGUUGUUCUUCUCUAGGGCUGAAGCUGGGUGUGGUGUCUAACUUUGAUAGCCGCCUAGAAGCAAUCUUGCGUGUUUGUGGGCUGCUGUCUCACUUCAGCUUUCUAAUAACAUCAGAGGAAGCAGGUGUAGCCAAGCCUAACACAGCCAUCUUUUAUCAGGCACUGCAGAAGUGUGGUGUACCAGCUGCUAAUGUAGCUCAUAUUGGGGACCACUAUGUGAAUGAUUAUCUCACUUCUUGGUCUGUGGGUAUCCACGGGUUCCUUUUAGAUAGAAAGAACGAGCAUAACCAACAUGAUGUUCCCAAGGAGCAUCGGCUCAGCUCCCUGGUGGAGUUACCAUCACGGCUCCAGCAGCACAUGGACUGAUGCCAAACAGACAUAGGCAUGAAGUACAAAGCUACUCAGUCGACCUGUGGGUCAUGUAAGGAACUGACUGCUGGGAUGUUCCCACAUUCCCACGUCGCUCUUCACAUGUUAAACAGGUCAAAUGUUCAUAAAACAGAAAUGAAUCAUGA